AUGCCAACUUCACGUCAACUAUUCCUUUUCAGCAUUGCAGGGACAUGGUUACUAGUUCAUUAUCUUAUUUCGGGGGUUUAUGGGAGGCUCACGUUGGAAAGUGUGAGGAAUCUUACGGGAGUUACGAAGGAGUGUCGGGGGAGGAUUGAGUGGUCGGGUGUUGCGGGGAGCGACGAUUUUGUGGGAAGAGAGGAGGACACGGGAGGAAGAAGAGAACUAGAACUUAAUGAGGGACGGAGAGAGGGGGGAGGAAAUGAGCAGGUUUUUAUGGGUGGUGAGGAUAGUGAUGAGAUUGAGGAUACCAUAACAGCAGCUCUCCGUAUCCUCUGCUCAGACCUCCUAAUCGAAUUGGAAAAACCUCUCAUGUCAGACUUAGACUUGUCAUCUCCCGGAAAUACAUUGACAAAGACUGAUUGCACGAAAGUCAAGAAGGAUUUUGAUGAGUUCCUGAAGGAAACAACGUGGUUUCUAUAUGAGAUUCAGGAACGUCAGAUGAAGUGGAGGUGGGGUGGUGGAAGUGCGGUUAAGGGGGGGUUGGAGUGGUUACAGGGGCUGUGGGCUAGUCGGGAGGGGAAUUCGCAAGAUCGGAGUUUUAUUGAACAGCAAAUGGGGUUGUAUAGGGACACGAGGUGCUUUGGAGGAAAGCUGAAUAAAGAGGUUCUGAGGAAGGAUAUUGAGGUUGUGGAGUAUUUGAAUGAUUUGAUUGAUAUGUUUUGGUGA